AUGAUCGUGGGAGUGGCCUUGACCUGCGUGAAGUUGUACAUCAGGCCAGAAUCUGUGAAUGGACAGCAGGUGGCAGUGUUCCGUGGGCGGGAUGGCAAGGCCUAUGUGGUGGAUGCUUACUGCCCCCACUUAGGCGCCAACCUAGCUGUGGGUUGGCGAGUUGUAGGGGGAUGUAUUGAAUGCCCCUUCCACGGGUGGCAGUUCCGUGGGGCUGAUGGGAAAUGUGUCAAGAUUCCAUAUGCAGAUAAAAUGCCUGAGUUUGCCAAGGUGCGGUGCUGGCCCAGCUGUGAGAUCAACGGGCAGGUUCUGGUGUGGUUUCACUGUGACGGGCCGGAGCCCACCUGGAGGGUUCCAGAACAGAGAGAGAUCACCCACGGGGAAUGGGUGUACCACAGCCGUACCGAACAUUUCAUUAAUGCACACAUGGAGUUUAGACAGAAUAUCUGUAACUCAGCUCGAGAUUCCAGAGAACGCAGCAGACAUCGCACACUUGGCUCAUUUGCACACUCCAGGUAUCGUCAGUGGAGUUGAUCUGCGCUAUACUAACAGCAAGACCUGGGAGUUUAUACGGCAUGACUGGAAGGCUCGAUUCCUCACAC